ACCUGUCCGUCGCACUGUCAUCGAUCUCACCGGCUCCGAGGAGUUGCACAAUUCGGGAGUCAAGGGCACUCCUCGUCGCCUGAGCACUUCCACCCUCUCCUCAAACGACACAGCCCGAGUGCCCUUUCCAACGGCUCCCUCCCCCACUACUGCUCGCCUUGCCGAGGCUGAAGCACUGCUCGGUCUUGGAAAGAAUGGAAAGUCAUCUCGUCAAUCCACACCUUCUCUCAGCACGGGAAGGACGACACCCGCCGCCUCCCAGCCAAAUUUCUCCCGCGAUGAAAUCGCCGCAGCGGAGGGGUUGCUUAUGCUAGGGGUCGGGCCAGCCGACAUCAAGGGCAAGCCUCUGCAGCCCAUCCCACGUCCAGCCCCCAUUUCCCACCACGCAGAGCGCACGUAUACCCGGAAUGAGAUCGCCGCUGCUGAGGGCCUGUUGAUGUUGAGCAGGGGAACGUUGAACUUCAAAGAAAAUCCUUCGAACAAAGAAAAGGAGAAAGUGGACGCCCACCCUAUGGACGACUUCAUCCGUACAAUGAACGAAAGCGCCGCUGACGAGGCACAGCUGAUGCAGAGCACUGGAAUGGCUCAGCGCAUUGCUUCUGCCCAGAGGAGCCGCGAGGCUGCUGCUGUCCCCCGCGCUCAGGUCACUGUUGAGGAUCGCGAGGCUGCGCACACCCUGCUGGCCUUGCGGGUUGAGAGUGCACACAUAAUGAAGACUCUCGUGAGGCGCCACGAUGGUAGCGUGGGCAAUGCCGUGAAGGACCUCAUUGACUCGUGCGGCCAGGGUUUGCUUGACGGUUCAAAGACAGCAGAGGAAAUUGCCCAGCUUCAGGAGAGGAAGAAGCAGGUGGAGGAGUCGGCGGAGACUCAGGCCCAGCUCAAACGCAUGGCUGAGAAGAGAGAGGAGACUUCGGCGGCAAUGACCCUGAUGAUGCUCCACCAUGACAGUAAUAACAUCCUCGCAGGCAAUCCCGAGUACCGGAAAUAUGAGCAGCUCAAGAAGCAGAAGGAACAGUGUCAGCAACAGCAGCAGCUGCAACAGCAACAUCAAGAACAGCAACAAGAGCAACAACAACGGCAACAAAAACAACUCCAGCUCAAGUGGCAGCAGCCUUACCUCUCUCCGCCCGACAAGACCAACAAAGCCACGGCCGAGCAAGGAAUUGCGAUGAAGAAGUUCCGGGACCAAUAUCCCGCUGUGUUGAGUACUACGAAGAAGAAUACGGGGGCUACGGUGCAGGAUCUGUCAAGUUCGAGGUUGCACUUGGAGACGCCCGGGGAGAAGCACGAUGCUAGAGUGAUGAAGCAUGAGAAUGACUAGUGUGAAUUGGACGGACAUUGACCCGGGUGGGAUUCAAGAUACGAGUGAGUGAUGAAGGCUGAGAUUCACGGGUUAUUGUGCGAAUGAGGGUA